AUGCAAGGAAUGUGUUGUGGACUAGCUUCGGCAGAUGAUACUUCAGCUUUAAAAGAUUUAUUUGUCAGGCACAACGAUAUAGGAAAAGAUUUUCGUAAUAAUAUUAGAGCUUACAACAGUAUUUUCUCUUUUACUUCAAUGGGCGUCAAGUUAGAUGAAAAUCUUGCAAAUGGAUCACUUAUUCUAGUUAAUGAGGAACCAAAGUUUCUCCAAUUGUACAUUUAUGAUACUAAAUUUGAAAUGGCUAAUAGACUUAACAUAAUGCCCCAACUUCGUCAAGAUAUUCUAGAAUUUAUCAGAGCUAUACUAGAUCAUUUAAAUCCAUUUGUAACCAAUUUUUGUAUAAUUUCUUCCUUAAAUUAUAUAGACAAUCUUUGUCUUUAUAUAAAAGCUGAUCAUGGCCUAGACCAGUGUAUUUAUAAUAUGCCAACAGCAUCACAAGUUGCUGCCAUAUGGAUUGAAGGCAAUAAUCCUACAAAUUAUGCUAAAUGUGAUAUAAUUGUACAUUCUCGAACACAAGGUUUACAGAAAAUAUCUGAGCUAAAUGGUUCAUAUGACCCAAUGCAGUACCUCCUUCUUUUUCCCAAAGGUGACUAUGCAUGCUGGAGAAUCUUUGGAUUCAAUCUUUCAAAUAUUAAUCCUGCAUUAUUAUGCUUACAAAUUCAUCUUCCUAAUGAACAUAAUAUUACAUAUUCUGAAACUUCUAAACUAAAUGAUAUACUUAAUAAUAAAGAAAAUAAAAAAAUCAUGUUAACUGAAUAUUUUAAAAUGAACGAAAUUGAUCCACAAGCUUGCAAUUAUUCAUAUCAUGAAUUCCCACAAUACUAUGUUUGA